GGAAUUGGGGGUAUCCUGAUAACAUCUUUACUUAGCAUGUUAUACAAUUGAAGGAGUAUCCUAUCAACAACACCUUCACAUGGCGUAUAAUAGAACUGAAAAGUAUCCUGAAAACUCCUUCAUCUGACGUAUUAUAGAAUUGGAGUAUCCUGGCAACACCUUCACUUAGUGUAUUAUAGAAUUAGAGUAUCCCUGCAAUACCUUCAUCUGGUGUAUUAUAGAAUUGAAGGAGUAUCCUGGUAACACCUUCACCUAGCGUGUUAUAGAAUUAGAGUAUCCUGGUAACACCUUCACUUAGCGUAUUAUAGAAUUAGAGUAUCCCUGCAAUACAUUCACCUAGUGUAUUAUAGAACUGGAGUAUCCUGGCAACACCUUCACCUAGCGUGUUAUAGAAUUAGAGUAUCCCUGCAAUACAUUCACCUGGUGUAUUAUAGAACUGGAGUAUCCUGGUAACACCUUCACUUAGCGUAUUAUAGAAUUAGAGUAUCCCUGCAAUACAUUCACCUGGUGUAUUAUAGAAUUGAAGGAGUAUCCUGGUAACACCACACUUUCACCUGGCGCGAAACGUUUACUUGCACACCUAUUGUUAAACAUUAAACAUUACUUGUGGAAUACCCCAGAUGCUUUGUUGGCUGAUCUACAGAACGCUUCUAGUAGCUUGAACAACGAUAGUCCGACUUGCGAAGCAGCGAACCCAGAAGCUCAUUACACUUCUGUGAACAUGCCCUUCAGCCCAACUUCUCAAACCAGCAAAUCUUCUGUAACCACCCAGAGAUACAACCUCGGUCCAGGUUCGCAGACCAUCACCCACACUGUAACCACACAGAGGUACGACCUCAAUCCAGCUUCUCAUAUCACCACCCACACUGUAACAACAGAGAAAAAUGGAUACCAACAUGGUGGAGAGAAAUCAGCACCGAUUUAUCAGAAUCAGCAGGUGAGAAAAGAAGUUCCCACGGCAACAUCAUCAUCUCGACAUCCAACUGCUGAUCAUCUGUCGGAGUUGGACUCUCUUCUUGAAGACCUUAACUCAGCUCGCCUAAGCUCCUCUUCUCCAGACUACAAAGUGUCAACAGUGAAUGGAGUUUCCAGUGCUUCACCGACGCCCGGGGAUGCUUCAAAUCCUAGGUAUGGGUCAAUUCGUCCAGUCACCAAGCCUGUCCCAGAGGACAGACCGUCUGUGGAAAGUUUGUUGGAUGAUCUGCAAAGCGUAGUGUCCCCAAAGUUAAAUGAACCUACAAGCCCAAGUGUGACCCCAUCAGUCAAGCGGGAGUAUGUUACCACAGUGACCUACACUAAAGAAGAGCCUUUGCACUCUCCCCCACCUGCUUCCACACCAGGAGCAUCUUCUGCCACCAAAGAAUUGGAUGAUCUGAUGUCUUCCCUUUCAGAUUUCAAGGUGAAUGACACCAAUCCUCCAAUUCCUGCUAGUAGUAACUUAGCUUAUGCUGAACCUCACAAGCCAACGAAACAACAGCUCCAAUCUCAGCCAAAGGCACAACCAGCCUAUUCUCAUAAUGACCAGCUGGACUCUAUGCUUGGUAGUUUACAGACAGACAUGAAUAGUCAAGGGAUUAAUACAACUGCUAAGGGUCAGUGUGUUGCCUGUAAGAAACAGAUUAUUGGUCAGGUGAUCACAGCCCUUGGACAGACGUGGCAUCCAGAGCACUUCACUUGCACACAUUGUAAACAGGAGCUGGGCACCAAGAAUUUCUUUGAACGAGAUGGUGAACCAUAUUGUGAGGAGGAUUAUCACAAGAUUUUCGCACCUCGUUGUGCUUAUUGUAAUGGUCCUAUUCAGGAUAAAUGUGUGACAGCACUGGACAAAACUUGGCACCAAGAACACUUUUUCUGUGCCCAGUGUGGCCGGCAAUUUGGGGAAGAGGGUUUCCAUGAAAAGGAUGGAAAACCUUACUGUCGUGAAGACUUCUUUGAUAUGUUUGCACCCAAAUGUGGUGGCUGUAACAGGCCAAUCAAAGAAAAUUAUAUCUCGGCACUCAAUGGCCAGUGGCAUCCUGAUUGCUUUGUUUGCAGAGAUUGCGGCCAGUCAUUCAACGGUGGAAGUUUUUACGACCAUGAGGGUCUGCCUUACUGUGAGACACACUAUCAUGCUAAACGUGGAUCACUAUGCGCUGGUUGUCAAAAACCAAUCACAGGUCGUUGUAUUACGGCAAUGUUCCGUAAGUUUCAUCCAGAACACUUCGUAUGCUCGUUCUGCUUGAAGCAACUGAACAAGGGAACAUUUAAGGAACAGAACGAUAAGCCUUACUGCCACGUGUGUUUUGAAAAAUUAUUUGGUUAGUUUGUUCUUACACAUAUUACCAAGCGAAACAAACGAAAAAUAAAAGUAGUCAGAUCGGAAAUGUGAUCUUCACAAGUUUGAAGUGUUAAGUGUACACAAAUAAAUAUUUUUAUUAUUGUUCAAAAUGAACUGAUUAGUUUAAUUUUCGUAAAGUUAUAAUAAAACAAUCUCAAUUUUGAGCGCCACUUCAAAGGAAGAUACUUUCACUUACUAUUAUCAAAUAAAGAACAAAAAUAUUUUAUGAAAUGGUGUUUCAAAAAAAAACCUUUAAACGUGUUAAUGGGUGUAUAUUUUGACAACAAAAUAUUAAUUAUAUGUUGUCCAUUAAAAAAAAAGUCAAAUAAGAAGCUAGAAAUUAAGUUGAUGAAACUAAAUUAAGUGCGGAUGACAUUAAUAUUUAAACAAGGUGUAUAAAAUUUAUUGUUGAGACAAAACAUUUUUAUCAUUUUAUACAAUACUUUAGACCAUAAUGAUUCUUCAGAUCAUUGUAAACAAACAAUUCUUUACAUUUUCUUUCCCCACGGUUACCGUCAGAGUUUUUAACAUCUGCAAAUACGCCCUCUAGUGGACUAUGAGUAAGUGCUGUUUAAUAUCACCAUUUCGAGGUUUGAACCCAUUUUUAUCAAAGUAAGUUUAAAUGUAAACUAACUAGGAGUACCAAGUUUAUUUGUUUUUAUUCUAAUUGCUUGAAAAGUGUGCACGUAUGCUGAUAUUUGUUAAUUAGAGAUUUGGCUGUCUAUAAUAUGAAAUGGCUUUAUAUAAUAAUUUUGAAGUGUGGGUAACAGCCAGAAAAUGCAAGAUUUAUUUUGAUCCGUUGGCUCAUAGUGCUUUCUAUAGUUAAUCGAAUAACAAAUACUAAAGAACGUAAUUAAGUCGGUGAAGGAAAUAAUCUAACUAUAUUAUGAAAAACUGAUAUUUUUUUUAUAUAUAUACGGCAAACGUCACUGUAUGUUACCUUUUAUAUGCCAUAUUAUUAAUAUACUUAAACUCAAUUUGAAAUAUGUCUUUGACAACCAAGAGGUAAAUAGCCAUAUCAAACUAUUUUAAUUUUGUGUCUGUUUUUAUGUGCAAUGGUGUUCCAAAUAAUAAGCUGUUAUUUUAUAUGCCUGUUAAACUGUUUUAUAUUUAGAAAGUUAUUGUCAUUGUUUAUUUUAAAUGUUCCCUAUUGACAGUUGUCCUGACAAUCGUUAGAUACAUAUUUCAGUCUUUAUCCUUUGUUGUCAUGGGGAUUAACAGAGGAAUACGUUAACUUGGAUAGGUUGCCGUGUUUAUAAUGCUAUUAUUUUUCUUCAUUGUGUUUCUUGAAUAAAAUAUAUGUUUAUAUAGUAAUUUACAGUGAAUUGGAUAAUUUAUUAAUUGUUGAAUUUGAUUUAACACAGUUUUAUUUCAGUGUUUGGUUAACCCAUGUUGAGAGCCUUUCAGAACAAUGUUAACCUUUUUUGAACUUCGUUUAAUAUUUUGAAAUGUAAAUUUUUAUACUAUUUCAAAGUUGCGUUUUUUGAAUAAUAUCAGCAAGAACUAUGUUAAAAAUAUGACGAAACGAUUUUAUCGUAUUUAAGUAAUAACAGUUAGCAAAUAGUUUAUGUAUUGUAAUAUUUUAUUGAGUUUUAUCUAUUUUAUUAUUUGUGACAAUUAUUUGUAGCUUAUAAAUACUUUACUUAACCAGUUGUUUGUUGAAGAGGAGAGAAAAAAGUCCAUAUUUUACUUUCCAGGAUUAAAAAUAAGUUCUGUAUUUUAUUGAAAAAAUUGUUGCUGUAAACAAAGUGACGUAAAUUUACAAAUUCGCUGUGGUUUCUUGGGAAAAUUGAUUGUCUUAAUACUUCUCAAUUAAAAAACAACCACUACUACUACUACUGAAAAAUUUUAAUAACCCAAAAUGUCGCGCUACCGCCAUCGUUAAAAAUACAUAAUUUGUACUUAGGCUUAAGAGAGGGACUGGAUGUAUUUGUUUUACAAGAGCAACCUUAAUUUAAUGUUAUUGUUAUAAUAUUUAAUAUCUCUGUGUUCUGCUGAAAUAUUGUAUUAUUUAUGCGGCUUAGAAUGAUAAAUGUACUAAUAGAUUCAAUGGAAAACAAUUUAAAGCAUAUACUAAUAAAAGUUGUUAUAACUGUAACCUAUUGACAAACGUAGAAAUGGGUGGAUUUUUUUGCCAAGUGAUUAUUUGUUGAAGCUAAUCUUGAGUUUCACUGCAAUUUGUGAUAAUGAUAUUUCAUAUUGACAUAAAAACAUACCGCAGGAAAAUUUACGUUUUUUGUAAGAAACGAAAAGUAUUAGUUUAUUGUAAGAAAUGUAAUAACGACUUUUUAAAGAUUUUCGAUUAUGAAAAUAACUUGGGAAUCUGUAUUAUGUUCAUUGUUUUUAGAAUAUCAAACUUUAAUUCUAAUCUUUGUUUAUUGAACUAUGCCUUGCGACGGUAAUUGUUUUAUAAUUAAAUAGUUAAUCACAUGUUUUAUAACCUAAUUUUAGGAUUAAUGUAUUAACUUUGAGUGAGAGUUAAAUUGUUGUGAACAACAUAUUAAUAGUCGCUCCAACAGUGCACAAAGAAGUUUGGGCGAAUGACAAUUGAACAGCAUACUUCCGGAACAUGCUAUUCUGAUACCAGUACACUAUACGUAUUGAUUAAUUUUAUAGUAAAUAACCACGUGCUCACAUUGUAUGUAUUAAGAUUUCUUUCCUCUUAUAUUGGUUCAUGGUAAUAAAUCUCAAAUAUUUCUGA